AUGUUUUCUUCAAUGUUUAAAUCGCUUGUAACUGUAUCUAAUAAACAAAACAAAAAUAACAGUGAAUCAACACAAAAUUCAAUUGAACAUACUAGACAAAAUAUUGAUAAUGUUCUUAAAUUAUUGAAUGAAAUCAAAGAUGAUGAUUCUUCUGAAAAUUUAGUUGUUUCUAAUGCAGUGCCUUUGGACAUUAGUACCAAUGGUUUAUUAAUUCGUUCUGAUUUGGUUAAUAGUGUAAAUGACACCAAAAGUAUUGGAAAAAAAAACCAAAUACUUGUUGAACAUACCAAUGAAACACAAUUAUUAAACCAAAUAGAAUCUUUGCAUUGUUUAUUUACAUGGAAGUUAAAACCUCAAAAGAAGCAAGAUAUUAUUACACAUAUUGAAAACAAAUAUGGUAAUUACAAUUUAGACAUUUCUGUAUCAGAAUUUACAUUUGUAAGAUUCAUUGGUAAUUUAAUCAUUAGCUAUGAAUUAUAUCAAAAUGGUAAACCAAAUGAAAGUGAUACAAAAAUUUUGGAAAUUGGUAAUUGGCUUGAAAAGUUGGAUAAAGGUACUGAUGAAUUUUACUUGUCUAUUAAUUCCGCCUUGAAGCACAUAAGAAUGUCAAAUUUUGUUCAUAUGUUAUUUGCUGCAAAUGAAACUGGAGGAUUUAAAUCGUUACUUAAAGAAAUUGUUCCAUUUGACAACAUGGAUAAUAAAUCCAAAGCUGCCGUGUAUACCAUAAGAGCUGCUAUAUUAGUUGAAUAUGGUAGAAGUCUUGAAUGUUUUAAAAAUGCAUCGAAGUAUGCUAAAGAAGCAUGUAAAUUGGAUCCUAAAACUUCUCACUGGUUUCAUAUUUAUUCGUUGGUGUUGACUGCUCAAAGACAGUUUGUGUAUAGAAACGAAAUAUAUUCAACUGAGAGACUGUUGUUACAGAAAAAUGCGCUGUGUCCAACAGAAAAUGAAGUUAAUUUAGCAAUCCAGCAAGCUAUUAGUUCUUCUGAUGGAAAAAAUACUUAUUCUGUUAAUUUACUAGUAUUAACUUCUUUAAAUGAAUUAUUGGAAAAUGAAUUUCAAGUGGCACAAAAUGGAUUACCUGUUUUUAAAACAGAUGAUUCAGAAUAUACCAAUGAAAUUGAUACCGAAUCAAAUUUAAAAAAAGAUAUGAAGAUAAUAGUAAAAAAGCAUAAAAAUGGUGAAGAUGCCGUUCCUCUUCUUAAUGGUUUAUUUCCAAAAUAUAAUGAAAAUGGCAAAUGGAAAAUUAUGGCUCAAAUAUGUUCAUAUACAAUAUUAUUCACAAAUAAUUUCAGAGCUGGCGUUGAACAGUUCUUAGCACUAAUUGGAGAGCCAACUGUUUCCUCUAGUGAUCUUGUUUUACAUCAUACCUCGUCAUUUAUUGGUUCAAAAAUAUUUAAUUUAGCAGAACUAAUUUGGAAUGAAAUUAAAUUGGCUACAGAAAACUCAAGUGCCACUAUUCUCAUGGAUAAUGUAUUUUACUAUACAACAUUCUUAAAGAUUAACGAAACAUAUAACCUAAAAUUGAGAGCCGUAGACCCAUUCAUGAGGUUUAAAAUAAUCAGUGCUCCAUCUGCUAUACCUAAUUGUGCAAAAACAAUGUACAACAAUGAAUUUGAAAUGGAGCAAUAUUCUAAAUCCAAAAAAAUAUUUACUAACUCCCCGCAACAGUUAAAUUUAACUCAGGAUACUAACAUAUAUUACAAUCAACAUUUUAACUCUUUUCAAAAAUAUCAAUGUACACAAUCAAUACCAUCGUUAAUGGAUUUAAACUUCGAUCUAAUAUUUCAAUCAACAUUUUAUACAAAUAAUACAACAACUAAUAUUUCUUCAAAUUUGACAAACAUAGAUACCAGUUUAACCAAACUACCAAGAGGAUCAACUUCUCAAGCAACUUAUAAAGCUCGUCUGAAUAGUUUAUUACAAAAUUAUCCUCAUAGUUUUAGAAUAUAUACAGAUGCUUCAAAAAUUCAAAAUAAUGUUGGCAUUGCCAUUGUAUCUAAUAAGGAUGCAUACACCUAUAAACUAUCGUCAGACUAUACAUCAUGUGAAGCUGAAGCAGUAGCUAUAUUGAGGGCACUUGAUUAUGCAUUGGCAGAAAAUUUCAAUGAUUAUAUAAUUCUUAGUGAUUCGUUAACUACUAUAUCGUGUAUUCAAAACAUUAAUACAGCAUCUGAUGUAGUUAAUAGUAUACUAUGCUUAAUACAUGCACACCAAUUAAAAGGCAAUUUAAUGCAUUUAAUUUGGAUUCCAAGUCACAAUGCAAUUGAAGGUAAUGAUAUAGCAGAUAGACUUGCAAGACAAAUAGCCACAUCAACUACUGCGAUCACUUAUUCUCAUAACUCAUUUAUGGCAACAAAUAUAAAAUCAAAAUUUUUAAAAACAUGA